CGAGGCGGCGGUACCAUGGCCUUGGAGGCGAUCCGCUACUCCCGGGGCUCGCUGGAGAUCCUCGACCAGCUGCUGCUGCAGCACAGCCGCUACGAGGCAGUGGGCUCGGUGCGCCAGGCCUGGGAGGCUAUCCGCGCCAUGAAGGUGCGCGGCGCCCCGGCCAUCGCGCUCGUGGGCUGUCUCAGCCUCGCCGUGGAGCUGCAGGCGGGUGCGGGGGGACCGGGCCUCGCCGCACUGCUGGCUUUCGUGCGCGACGCGCUGAGCUUCCUGGUCACCGCUCGGCCCACCGCGGUCAACCUGGCCCGCGCGGCCAGCCAGCUGGCCGACGCCGCAGCCUUGGAGGCCGAGCGCGAGGGCGCCACGGAAGAGACGGUCCGGGAGAGAGUGAUCUGCUGUGCCGAGGACAUGUUGGAGAAAGACCUCAGAGACAAUCGGAGCAUCGGGGACCUAGGAGCCCGCCACCUCCUGGAGCAGGUGGCUCCUGGGGGCGGCAAGGUGACCGUGUUGACCCACUGCAACACUGGUGCCCUGGCCACUGCUGGCUAUGGCACUGCCCUGGGGGUGAUCCGCGCGCUGCACACCCUGGGCCGUCUGGACCACGCCUUCUGCACGGAGACCCGGCCCUACAACCAGGGAGCCCGGCUGACUGCCUUCGAGCUGGUCUACGAGCAGAUCCCCGCCACGCUCAUCGCCGACAGCACGGCAGCAGCCGCCAUGGCCCACAGAGGGGUGUCAGCCGUCAUCGUAGGAGCCGACCGCGUGGUUGCCAACGGUGACACAGCCAACAAGGUGGGCACCUACCAGCUGGCCAUCGCUGCCAAGCACCACGGCAUCCCCUUCUACGUGGCUGCCCCCAGCUCCUCGUGCGACCUCCAUCUGGAGACAGGCAGGGACAUUGUCAUCGAGGAGCGCCCAGGGCGGGAGCUGACCGACGUCAACGGGGUCAGGAUUGCAGCCCCCGGGAUUGGGGUUUGGAAUCCUGCCUUCGAUGUCACCCCCCACAACCUCAUCACCGGCGGCAUCAUCACAGAACUGGGGGUCUUUGCUCCUGAGGAGCUCCGGGCAGCCCUAAGCACCACCGUCUCCUGAGGGCGGGUACCCCAGCUGGACCCCAGAAGUAACCAAGCUGACUCUCCAUAUCCUGCCCCCAUUCCCUUAGGUUUUGUAAUAAACUUAUUCAUCGAAUGGCUUGCCCCA